AAGACUUCACUUAGACAAAUUUUAUUUACUACGAGGCAUCAUCAUUAUAUAACAGUUUCUUUGAUUAUUUAAAGCAUCAAAUAACAACAGAAGUUAUCGGAAUUCAAUUUUAAGCACAGGAAUUAUUGAACAUGUUAACGUUAGUUGCUACAAUUUCUUACAGUAUUUUCUUUAGCAGAUACCAGCAUAAAACGCAGAGUCAUCUGCAAACAUCUUUAUUUUAUUGUAUCAACAUAGAUUCGUGAUCCUUCAGAUUCUGUUAUUCCUCUAGUUUCUGAAAAGAUCCAUCCAUCCACUCAUCCCUCCCUCCUUCCCUCCAUGUACAUUUUCUCCUGGGCGAUCUGUUUGCUGACGUUCUCUGGACUUCUGCUCGGAUCGUUCCGUGAAGUUGGCGUGUUCUGACGACUCAGACACGCCUCUGACUGUUUGGAAUGUGACAGUGGGAUGGCACACCUGGACGAAGGAAGACGAAGAUCUGGUGGAACACGAUGCUUAAGGAAGGACCACAUUCUUACCUGUGCAGGUAACCCCCCCCCCGGAUCGCUAUGUCCUGCAUCCCUUCCUCAUGACCCUCCCCCCUUUUCUGAUCCAGGAACUCUGAUGAUUUCUACUGGAUGUAUUUUAUUCUUCAGGAGUUUCUGGAUGUUUUGUUUUUGUGAAUUAAACCUGCUCAGUCAGUCUACACACAUUUCUCCAGUCUGGCGAACAGAAGAACUUCACAAAUUCCAGCUGACUCAGCAUUUCACAAACUUUAUGAAACUACAAACAUUUGAAUGUUUCAGCAGAAGAUCAUGGCAGAUUCAGAGGCACUGAGCUCCUGCAGAAUCAGAGCUUCCAGAUCCAGGAUCUGGACUUCAGCUGCUACACUCAUGAGCCAGCCGGUCUGGAGAAGGAACAGAGGGACCCCACGGAUGUUAACACUGGCAGGUCUGGUUCUGCUCUGAUCCAGGUCUGGACCUGAAAUCCUGGAGUGGUCCUCCCUCUUUGAGCAUUGAACCGGUUUGGUUUGUUCUCAGUUCUGGUUUCUUAUGCUUCUGUGGGUCCCAGCAGGUUCUGGUUUUCCUCAGGUGUCUGCAGUCAGCCGGUUUCCUUUCUCAGCAUCGUCAGCUUCUUGGUUUCACAGUUUAAGUUUAUUUUUAGUUGCUGGUCUCCUUCAUCUCCACAUCCAGACAGUUUUUUUCUGCACUAUUAACUUUAUUGUUCUGACAAAUCCGGUCGGACUGUGACUCAUGAUCCUCCUGAGGCGUCUGAACAUCCUUUCAUCACCUGAUCCCGGUUUCGUUUGGUCAACAGACCAGCAGAUGGAACUCUGAAGGAUCUGCCAUGAAAUCAGCCUGCAGGAAAAUUCCCACCGUUCUUUCCCAGCACAGCUGACAGGAGAAAUGACGCAAGAGCCUCAGGUUGAAGUUGAGCAGGCUCAGACGGUGGCAGCUCCCUCCACACACGCUGCGAUGCUGCAGCAGACCGGAUACGCAGACCACAACCGGGCCGUGGUGGUCUCUGUGGCCCGCUUUCACCCCGGCGUGGCGCUGACCAAGAGGCCCGGAGCCGAGAGGGACGCCAAGAAGAUCCACAGAACCCUCAGCAAGCUGGGCUUCAAGGUGAAGCUGCACAGCGACCCGAGCAGUGAGGAGAUCUACCAGAUCUUCCACGAAGAGAGUGGGCGGGGUGUGAAGGACUGUUUCCUGGCCGUCCUGUCAUCUCACGGCGAGGAGGGCUGCGUGUUCGGAGCCGACGGGAAAGCGGUCCGACUGUCCCACAUCUUCGCCUGCUUCAAGAACCCAACAAUGGACAGGAAGGCCAAGCUGUUCCUCAUCCAGGCCUGUCGAGGAGGCGCUCUGGAUGACGGCGUGCAGGUGGACGGAGCUGAAGAUGCGUCGGACAGCAGCUUCACGCAGUACCUGUCCGUCCCAGUGGACACGGCAGUGAUGUACGCCACCGCUCCAGGUUACGGCGCCAUCAUGAGCCCUCUGGGGUCGGUGUUCCUUCAGACCUUCUGCACCCUCCUGGAGGACGAGGACGACCGGAAGCUGGAGCUGACGCGCCUGCUGACGCGCGUCUCCCACAGAGUGGCCUACACCUUCCAGGGCAAAGGUCGCCACCUGGGCGGGAAGAAGGAGAUGCCGUGUUUCCUGACCCGGCUCACCAGGGAGGUGUUCCUGUUCGUGGAGUCCACCAAAGACGCAGGGAUCUCCGUCCUGAUCGGCUCGGAGAACGGGAGAAUGCGGACUCCUUCCAUCAGUUAGAGCCGCUGCUCAGAUCUUCAUCCGACGCCGUCUCCACAUCUGGAUCCGGCAGAACCGGGCCUCUUUAGCUUCCGUUUUGGCUGAACUUCAUUCAGGGUUGAACAUUUGCUGCAGGUUCUGGUUGUUUUCUUUGGACUUCCUGGAUUUUUGGGCUCAUCUGGACACGGACAUCCCUGGGGGUCCCGUGAGACCCGGUCCAGUCGGUUCUGAGGCAGACUGCGGGUUCUCAUGGUGGCGUGUGUGGGUCACGUUCAGCUGCUGGUCCGGUACCGAGCGCCUGGGUGGAGUCCAGGUGUGGACCUCUGUUGACGGGGGUCAGAGGGACCACGGGCGGCCCGGAUGGAGGCUAUCGGACCUCCUCCAGGAGGCCCGUCUUCAGAGCCUGAAGGGCCGGACCUGGUGUUGUUUGGUUUGUCAAUUUAUUAUUAGUUUUCAGGUUUUUGUCUCUAUUUUCUUGAUAACUUUGUUUAUAUUUAACAUUCUGUUAAUAAAGUUAAAAAGGGAACUGAAA